CAUCAAAUCACAAGAGUCAGAAUGGAUAUUGUACCCGACAGAAAUACGCCUUUACCCCAACUUAUUGUUCGGUGGGCAUAUACCGGGAUCCGCUUAGCUUUAUCCCCCGGGGCAACAAUCGGGUACUUUGCAUUUUUCGAACUUCUGAUAUUGCUUUUGCGACCUGACAUUGUCGACAAGGAUAACAGAGUACGCAUCGUUCCAACGGAAGAGUUGCCAAAUCAGUUCGACUUUAUAAUAAUUGGCGCAGGAACUGCAGGAGCUGUACUUGCUAACCGAUUAACGGAAAAUACAAAUUGGACUGUCUUGUUACUGGAGGCUGGAGGUGACGAAAGACUUAUCUAUGCUGUACCGGCAUUGUCUUAUAAUUUUGUGAACACUGAUAUGGACUGGCAAUUCAAAACUGAACCUUCAUCGAACUAUUGUAGAGGCAUGAUCAACAACCAAUGCUACUGGACAGCCGGUAAAGUACUCGGAGGGACCAGCAGCAUUAAUACCUUGAUGUACAUACGUGGGAAUCGAAGAGAUUACAACAACUGGAGGGAUUCAGGAAAUCUUGGUUGGGGAUACGAUGACGUUUUACCAUAUUUCAAAAAGGCUGAAAAUGUCACGAUUCCCGACCUCCGUGAAUCGUCUUAUCACGGAACUUCUGGCCCUCUUACAGUUGAAAACCCAAGGUACGAGCACCCGAUAAGAAGAUAUUUACUGAAUGGUACAUCUGAAAUGGGCUACCGUCAGGUGGACGUAAACGGUAAGACGCAGAUUGGAUUUAAUCGACUGCAAACCACCACUAGAAACGGCCUCCGAUGCAGCACGGAGAGAGCCUAUCUGCGACCUGUAGCUGGCAGGAAAAACCUAUACAUUAGUACAAAUUCUCUGGUCAGCAAGAUUCUCAUCGAUAAAACUACAAAAACAGCUUACGGCGUUGAAUUUGUCCGAGAAAAUAUGAAGCACACCGUUCGUGCAACAAAAGAGGUCAUCCUCUCAGCGGGCGCUCUUUUAUCUCCACAAUUGAUGAUGCUCUCAGGAAUCGGACCUAAAGAACACCUUGAAGAGGUCGGAGUGAAGGUUAUUCACGACAGCCCAGGAGUCGGGCAAAAUCUUCAGGAUCAUAUUACGAUUGGUGGACUUACUUUUCUGAUCGAUCCUCCAUACAAUGCAUCUACAACAACUCUAGCGGAAGUAACGGACUUUCUUGUAAAAAAAGAGGGUCAGCUUUAUGGUAUAGGCAUCUGCGACGUACUGGGGUUCAUCAAUACCAGAUGUGACAAUAGUUCUAUCGAUUUUCCUGACCUCCAAAUAGUCAUCGGUUCAACCGCUUCAAAUAAGAACAGUGAAGUCGUUAAAAGCGUCAAUGGUCUCAGAGACGACUUUUACGCAGCCUUAUACGCGGAUAUAAUAGAUAAGGAAGCCUACGAAGCGAUACCAGCGCUGAUACACCCGAAGAGUAGAGGCUACAUUAAGCUGCGAGGUAAAAAUGUCUCACAAAAGCCAAUCAUAGUUCCAAAUUAUUUCGACCACCCGGAUGAUCUGGAGACUUUGGUGGAAGGAGUUUUUUUUGCCCUCGACCUCAGCAAAACCUCGACGAUGAAGAAAUUGAAUGCACGUCUCAACUCCAACACGAUCCCAGAGUGUGCCAACUUGAAUUUUCCGUCGCGUGAUUAUUGGCGUUGCUACGCACGAUUUUUCUCAAUUAGUGUGUAUCACUUUACUUCCACUUGUAAAAUGGGACCUGCAGACGACAAAAUGGCUGUAGUAGACUCACGCCUGAGGGUCCACGGUGUAAAUCGUCUUCGAGUUGUAGACGCUUCUAUCAUGCCAAACGUUCCAUCCGGUAAUACCAACGCACCAACUAUUAUGAUCGCUGAAAAGGCAGCGGAUCUCAUAAAGCAAGAUUGGAAUUCCAUCAUUUCCGUUGGGUGCAAGACUUCGAAUGUCAGAACUUCGGAAAACAUCUCUCCAGAGUUGUAAAGCUAUCGUGAUGCAU